AUGAAUGUGGAUCCACCUUGCCCCCAAAGCCAACCUUGCCCCGAAGCAUCAGAUUCUAGAGAUUCUUCACCAACGCCUGUGAUCUGUGGGCCUGAAGAAAAGUAUCCACCCCUGCAGAUGUCUUCUGCUGAGAUGCCACAUGCAGAGACUGUCUCUCCGCUUCCUUCUUCCACGGAUGUGCUUAUUCAGGACAGCCCCGAUUCUUCUACCAGUCCCAAAGUAAAACUGCCUGCUUCUGCAGAGAAGAGCACAGUGAAAAAGGAAGAGAAGGUAAAGAAACAGAAGACCAGGACCGUGUUCUCUCCCACCCAGCUGUGUGUUCUCAAUGAUAGAUUCCAGAGACAGAAAUACCUCAGUCUCCAGCAGAUGCAAGAGCUUUCCAGCGUCCUCAACCUUAGCUACAAACAGGUUAAGACCUGGUUCCAGAACCAGAGAAUGAAAUGUAAGAGGUGGCAGAAAACCAACUGGCCAAAGAACAGCAACAGUGCGGCUCAGAAGGGCUCAGCACCUACAGAAUACCCAAGCCUCUACUCUUCCUAUCACCAGGGAUGCCUGGUGAACACAUCUGGAAACUUUCCUCUGUGGAGCAAUCAGCCCUGGAAUAAUCCAGCUUGGAGCAACCAAACCUGGAACAGCCAGUCUUGGAGCAACCAUUCCUGGAACAGUCAGACCUGGUGCACCCAAGCCUGGAACAAUCAGGCCUGGAACAACCCGUUUCAUAACUGUGGAGAAGAAUGUCUGCAACCCUGUACGCAGUUCCAGCAAAAUUAUGCCAGUGAUGUGGAGUCCACCAUGCAAACCGCUGGGGAAAGCCAUAGUGUAAUACAGCAAACCACUAAGUAUUUUAGUAACACGCAAACCAUGGAUUUAUUUUUAAAUUACUACAUGAACAUGCAGCCUGAGGAUGUGUGAAGAUGGGUCUGUUAUUCAGCUUCAGUCUGGGCAGUGGCUGGAACCCACCCUUCCUCAUAGGACCUUCCUGAUUUUAGAGCUGUGUCCCUCUGUCUUGGUAUCCUGGUUCUUGUGCCAAUUCUGUCAAUUUGGGGGGUGAGGUAUGACUGGAAUCUAAUCCAACCUCAAGUAGAAAGCAUAAAGUACAGACAUGUGUGAUAUGAAAGGGUUAUUACUAUUUUCUGGAAUGGGGGGGCUUUACUUAAAAUUUUAACUCAAUUGUUCAGGUGAAGGGUUGAACUUAUAAUGUUGAUUUCCUCCACUCCUUUUGUCUCUGUUUUACUACAACCUCUAAUUUCCUUACUCUAAUAUUUGUAGAAGGAAGUUUUGUAUUUUGCUACAUCAUGAUAAUAUCUGCCCCAGUUUGGCUGGUUUAAUAAA